GUACACGCUUACCACCGACCGCCCUCGGAUGGAGGCUUUCCGCCGUGCCAUCGCGCAGUUCGCAGCUGGGCGCGUCCUGGAGAUCGGUUGUGGCCCCUGGACGCCGUUGGUAGAGCUUUGCUUGCAGAACGGCGCCUCCAAGGUUCUAGCCUUGGAGGCCUCCAAGGACCACGCCGAGGCCGCACGGCAGCGGCUCCAGAGCCAGGGCUACGCCGAG